GUCAGACGGAAAUGGUCAGAAACAGCUGUGGCGAUCUCCUUACCGCCAACCUGCUCAGCUGCAAAUGCCGAGGUUCCCCUGGUCUUGGGCGCUGUGUCACCCUCUGACACAUCUUCCCGUUGCCCAGGCAGGAACAGUGCUGAGUCCGCAGCAUGUAGACACUGUGCUGGGACACCGCUGCCCCACGGUCCAUUUCUGUGCGGCCCAGGCGGAGGAACCAGUGACCUUGGAGGAUGUUGCAAUUAACUUCACCAUGGAGGAGUGGGCCUUGCUGAAUCCAUUCCAAAAGGAGCUCUACAGAGAUGUGAUGUGGGAAACAUUUAUGAAUAUGACUACUAUAGGACAGACCUGGAACAACCAGCAAACUGAAGAAGAAUACAAGCAUUUCUCAAGAAAUCUAAGUAAUGAAGAAGUAGCAAAAUGGUAUGAAUAUAAAUCUUGCAAUCAGUACAGAAACAUAUUCCUUUGGUCUCCAGAUGCUAAUGUGGACAUGCAACAGACUACUUUAAAACCAGUUGAAAGCCUUGCUUGUAGAAAGCCCCUGAUUGGGCAUUUAUCACAAAAUGUGUCCAUUUUACCUUCCAUUGGCCAGAAGCCAGAUGAGAAUUUGGAACUGGAUGACAAUUCGAGUAAAGGUAAUGAACAUGGAGAAAUCUUCAGUGCUUUCCAGUUUUUUUUAAAGAAUACUUUAACAAACAGUGGUGAGGAACCUUCUAAGUAUGAACAGUGUGAGAAAAACUGCUCUGAAUGUACUGAAAGGACUCAUCCUGGAGAGAAGACCACUGUAGGUAAGAAGAAUAUGAAUGCUUCCAGGACUUCCAGUGGUUUUCACAUUUAUGAAAGUAUUUGCACUGGGAAGAAACCAUAUGUAUGCAAGCAAUGUGGGAAAACUUUGAGUACACGAAGUUGCUGUAAAAUUCAUGAAAGAUUUCACGUGGAGAAGAAAGCCUGUGUAUGUAAGCAAUGUGGAAAAGUAUUUGUUGGUAAGUCUUCACUUCAUAAACAUAGACGAACCCACACUGGUGAAAAGCCCUAUGUAUGUAAGCAGUGUGGGAAAGCAUUCAGCACACAUAGUAACUGUAAAAGGCAUAAAAGAAUUCACACUGGGGAGAAACCAUAUGUAUGUAAGCAGUGUGGAAAAGCAUUUACUACAAAGAAUUAUUAUAACAUACAUGAAAAAAUUCAUACAGGAGAAAAACCUUAUGUUUGCAAGCAAUGUGGGAAAGCAUUUGCUAUGCAGAUUACCUGUAAAAUACAUGAAAGAAUUCAUAUUGGGGAGAAACCUUAUGCAUGUAAGCAAUGUGGGAAAACAUUUGGCAGACACAGUAACUGUAAAAUCCAUGAAAGAGUUCACACUGGGGAGAAACCAUAUGUAUGUAAGCAGUGUGGAAAAGCAUUCAGUGUACACAGUACCUGUCGACGCCAUGAAAGAAUUCAUACUGGGGAGAAAUCCUAUGUAUGUAAGCAAUGUGGGAAAGCAUUCAGCACACACAGUCACUGUCAAAGGCAUGAAAGAAUUCACAGUGGAGAGAAACCUUAUGUAUGUAAACAGUGUGGCAAAGCAUUUACUACACACCGUUUUUGUCAAAUACAUGAAAGAACUCACACAGGGGAGAAACCUUAUGAGUGCAAGGAAUGUGGAAAAGCAUUCACUAGAAAGAGCUCUUACAAUAUACAUGAAAAAAGUCACACAGGGGAAAAACCUUAUGUGUGCAAGCAGUGUGGAAAAGCAUUUACCACAAAAAGUUAUUAUAAUGUACAUGAAAAAAUUCAUACAGGGGAAAAGCCUUAUGUGUGUAAGCAAUGUGAGAAGACAUUUUCUACCCACAAGGAUCAUCAAAGACAUGAAAGAACUCACAGUGGGCAGAAACCUUAUGAAUGCAAACAAUGUGGGAAAGCAUUCAGUACACACAAAUAUUGUCAAAUACAUGAAAAAACUCACACUGGGGAGAAACCUUAUGUGUGCAAGCAAUGUGGCAAAGUGUUCACUACACAAAAAUAUUUUCAAAUACAUGAAAAAAGUCAUACAGGAGAGAAACCUUUUGUGUGUAAGCAAUGUGGGAAAGCAUUCUCUACAAAGAGUUCUUAUACCAUACAUGAAAAAAGUCACACAGGAGAGAAACCUUUUGUGUGUAUGCAAUGUGGUAAAGCAUUCACUACACACAAAUAUUGUCAAAGACAUGAAAGAACUCACACAGGUUAGAAGCCCUAUGUAUGUAAUCCAUGUGGUGUAAGAUUUGCUAAUCUUCAUUUAAUACACAUAGAUCUCAUACUGGGAAGGAACCCUUUGUAUAUAAGCAAUAUGGGAAAAGCAGUCAGUGAACACAGUUUUUAUCAACCACAUGAAAGAAGUUACACUGAGGAGAAACCUUAUAUAAGUAAGUCUGUUUUGAAAAGCUUAUGAAAAUUCCUCAUGUAGUGCAGAACUAUGAAAAUUAAAUAAAAAUUUGAUGUCAGUAUUUCUUCAUAAACCUUCCAGAAAAAUUCCAGAUGGAGAUAUCCUAGAAUGUAUUCUUUCUUUGUUUUUCAGAAAUCGCUUGUAAAUAUUUGAACUAUGUAUCUGUAGUCUUUACUAUAAAAAUAUUGACACGGCUGGGGAUUUAGCUCAGUGGCAUAAGCACCUACCUGGCAAAUCCCCUGGUACAAUAUAUAUAUAUAUAUUGAGAGACAGAGAGAGAGAGAGAAUAUAUUUUUAUGUAAGCCAUUGACUUUGAGCUUAAUAUGUAAUAUCUUCUAAUCAAACAAGGGAAAUUAAAAUGUGUUUCUCAAUUCCAAGUAGGGUUAGUAUUUAUGUAGUUUUGAUUUUGUGUGUUUAGCAUUGAGAGAAAUAAGCCUCUAAAAAAUAAAUUUUAUUAAUUUUUUAAAUGGAAUUUCCCACUAGCUUUGAUUUUAAUAUUUUUGGUAUAUAUACUUCAUAUUCUGUUUUAAAGGAUAAUUUUGAAUUUGAUUAUAUAUAUAUUUAUGCAUGUUUACAGACAUGUGAAUAUGAGUUUUUGAAAAGUUCAGUUGUUUUCAUACAACUCAUAGAUUAGCAAAUGUUUUGUUUUUCAUAUCCUAACAAAGUAUCUGAAUAUUCCAACAUAAUUAUAUCAAAUAAUUUAAUCCAUUUUGCUUUCAUGUCAUUCUCAAUAUUAUGAUUUACAUAAAAUUUUGUUUUCUUAUCAGCAUUUUACUUUUCAUGCGUAUAGUGUCAUGACUUCAAUUUUUGUGUUAAUUUUACCACCACUUAUACAAAAAAUAAACCCAUACUGCUGUCUUUAAUUUAAGCAGAUCAGAUGGAUCAUGAUUGUCGAUAAAAGGCUAUCAUGAAUUGUAAUGUAUCAGUCAGUGCUUACUUGAGAAAUAGGUUUAAUGCAAGAUAUACACAUAUAUAAAGAUUUACAAGAUUGGCUUACAGUGGCUGCCCACACAAUCAGAUACAAGAGUGCAAAACGUCUGUCUUUGCACAGGAUAUCCUAAAAUUCCAUUGAAGGCCUGGCACCCACUCUUAUUUAACAUGCAAUUCUGUAUCAGAAGAGCAAAGCUCUGUACCAGAGACCAACAGAUCUGUGCUGAAAGACAGAUGAUCUGCACUGGAGGCUGAAGAGUCUGUGCUGGAAGCCAGGAAAUGAUUUCCAAGGUGACAGUGAACACUGGAGCUUCUCUACAAAAACACAUGUAGGCCUUCCCUUUUCAUCUUUUUUUAAUAACAUUCUGACAACGGUCCUCCCCGGAGUGGGUCUUCUACACCCACAAUUUUGCUGGGCAAAUUUAGCUGAACAUGUAAUACUCAAAUUGACACAAUCAGUUAACUGUCACAACCCACCCCUUGACAACUUUACAACCAGACACAGUUCUUUAAAUCACAGACUCCAGAUAGAAAGAAAAGAUCAUAAAUAUACUAGCAUAUUAUAGCUGUCCUUUAUACAAGUAGAAGCACACUAAUUCCCUCUCCAGAAUAAAAAGGAAGUUUUCUUUGCAUGAUGCUUCUAACAUUUCAUAACUUGAACACUAUAACAUAGGUUUAACAAGGCUUAACAAUAUUAAUUCUAUCAACAUUAUAUUACAUUGGAAACAUAGUAGGAAAUAACUUAUAAUCCUUGUCUCUGUAGCGAAUCACCAGGGUCAUAGGUGUGACUUAGAACUACCUUGAUUCAUUCUGUGUUUCCUUGGCCUUCAGCAAGCACCUCAGUAGGUUUGGUUCUUUCCUUUGCAUGUUCACCCAUACCUUCAUUCCGAAGAUUCUAGAUCAUUUGAUGUUCUGUCUUGAUUGGAUUGUUAUAGUUUUCCAUUAACUUUGAUAACAACGUAUGGCUAUACUAGGAGUUCUCAAGUAUGUUUUUCUCCUGCACCCCAAGUAUAUUUUUCUCUCCUCCAUUGUGGAUUAAUAGUCUAAUUUUGUAUUGACAAUCUAGGUCAAUCACCCCUCUCAACAAUGUAACAUUUUGAUUGAUUCCUCAAGAGUCAUAAGGUGACCAAAAUGACCAGAGGAAAGACUUUGCUUCCAUUUCAAUGAUACUCUUACUGUGUUUCCUAGUACAGUUCUUCCUUUCAUUCCCAGAACUAAGACUUGUUUCUAAGCCAGAUGAGCAUGAGGUCAUGAGAAAAGGGUGCAAAACUGUGCUAGGAGAUCACUCUUACUUUCACCUUUUCAUUCCUGGACCCAUGAAUUCUGGCUAUGGAAAACACUGUACCAUAUAGUGGAUCCUGAUUCAAAGCGCAUACAACCUUUUGAAAAACCUUGACUUGGCCCUGCAAGCUGUUGCCACCUAACUGGUGCUGCAAGUCUGUCCUCAAAAGAUAAGUUCAACUUUCUAUCAACCUAUCUACUUCUGGGUGUUGAGGAGCAUGGUAAGCCCAGUGAAUUCCAUGAGCAUGAGCCCAUCGCCUCAUAUCUUUGGCUAUGGAAUGUAUUCCUUGGUAAUGAGAUACAGUGCUGUAUGGAAUUCCAAGAUGGCUGAUAAGGCAUUAUGUGAAUCCAUGGAUGGGAGAGUUGGCAGAAGCAUUAUAGGCAGGAAAGGCAAAUCCAUAUCCAGAACUAAGUAUUCCACUAAGCACAAAGCAUCCUCAUUUCCUUGAUGGCAGCAGUUCAAUCUGAUCACUGUGGAAGGCUGAUCAUCCCAGGGUAUGAUGCCAUAUUGAAAAGUCAGUGUUGGUCUCAGCUUGAGGUCACUUGGGCACAUUCAGCAGAGGCUGUAGUCAGAUGUCACUUCUUGAGUGGGAGUCCAUGUUGCUGAGCAUGCAUAACCUCUAGAGUCACUCUGUGUGUGAGUCCUCUGGGCAGCUAUGGAUGUUCAAAUAAUACUGCAUCAAAUAAUACUGAGCUCAUGAUAGGCAGAAGGCUUAUACCGUGCAGCAAAAUGAUGAUUUUAUAGAACUGAAAGCUAGAAGCCAACAAGAAGCCAUGCCCUCCCUGGGUAAUGCUGGUGACACACACACAGGGACAUCAUUCUAAGACCAAGUGAAGUUUCCUAUUAGAGCCAAUCCUUAGAAUAUGCUGAUUUUGUAAGUGAUACAUAAAUUCACAUAAAUUUCUGUGGGAAGGCACUAACUACUUGCAUAUACAAGAAAGAAAAUUGAAUAGUAACAACUUAGAUGUUUAGAAACCAUGCCUUCCCAUGAAGCAGGCUCUGACAGGCUGAUCGGUAAUAGCCUCAACCAGAAGAGAAACCAGGCCUUCCCACAAGCUAGCUGGUGCACAGACUGAAAAAUGAGAAGAGCAUAUCUCCUGACUCUGCUGAUUCAGAGGACUCAGAGAUGAUAGCAACUGAGGGGAAGGGAAUAGCUUGUUGCUUGUAUUGUUUGGUUGACUCUGCAGGCUUGGGGCUGGUGGUCUGAGCAUCUACUUGGAAGAUGGCAGUGUGCAUUGUGGCAACCGUGGGAGAUUUCUUCCUGUCUUGUUUUUGAAAUCCAAUGUUUUGUUUCAUUUUACUGUUUUAUUUCUGUGUAUGAAAACGUAUUUUGAAGAAAACAAUGUGCAGUAUUGUUCUCACUCUUUUGUUCUGAUUUAUUGUUUUGCUUUAUUCAGUGUUAUGUUUUGACUGGUUUUAUUCUGUGUUGUGUUGUUUGAUUUUACUAGGUCUGACAGUAUGGACAACUAUUGUAAAGAUAGCAAAUUAUGUUAUGGUAGCCAUUGUUGAUUUCGUAUUUUCCCACUUUGAAAUUAUGUACCACUUUCACAGCUUUGCUUUCAUUGCUUUUAUUCUAUUUUUUCUUCGGUUCUAGUCUCUUUAAAUUUAAAAAAAAGAAAAAAAACAGCAGGGGUUUUGAAAAGCUAGAAAGAAACAUCUUAAAUUCAAACAUUCCUCAUGGGGUGUGAGACUAACACAGUUGGAGACAGGCUGGUCUACAAUUUCCUGGCUUAAAAUUUAUCAUUUGCGCUCCACUUCUGCUGGAAGAGAUUGGUAUCACUUGUCACUCUCAGCUCCGCAGGAACCAAGCAGAGACGAAGGCGGGCUGUCUGAACUACCCAAUCAGGUGGGCAGAGGGGGAGGGCACUUCCGGUGUCAUGGCGCUGAUGUACGAACUGUGAGCGAGUUUCUCAAAGCCGUUGACUGACCGGACCGUCUUUUUCUCUUAACUUCUGAUUGCCUACUACAUUGGAAGGAUCCCGGGAGACCUUCAAGCCACUCAAUGGAUGGAGCUGACACUACUGCCAGGAACUGAGCGUCCUGUUCUAGAUAAGGAAGGUGAUGUUACUGUGGCAGAGCCCUGAUGUUUCCAACUCACUGCUUGCAGCCCCACCUCUCUCCGCGCUGUGCAGUGAGCUGGAGGGUUGAGCGGAGGCUUCUGACUUAUAUGAAGCUUCUGUGUAGGAGGCACUGACCUUGGAGGAUGUAUUUGUGAACUUCAGCACAGAGGAGUGGGCUUUGCUGAAUCCAUCCCAAAAGAACCUUUACAGAGAUGUGAUGUGGGAAACAUUUAAGAAUAUGACUGCUCUAGGAAGGACCUGGAACAAUCACCAAGUUGAAGAAGAAUACAAUAUUUGCUCACAAAAUCUAAGUUUAAAAUGGGUGUCUGAGAUGAAUCACACAUUUCUCAGAUGAAGAUAUACAAAUAAAUACAUGAAGAAAUGUUGAGAAAUGCAAAUUAAAACAGGAUUGAGAUUCCAUCUCAUUCUGGAAAGAAUGGCUGCCAUCAAGAAAUCAACUGAUAACAAAUGUUGGCAAGGCUGUGGAGAUAAAGGAACACUUCUCCAUUGUUGGAGGGAGUGCAGACUGGUGCAGCCAUUUUGGAAAUCAAUACGGAGAUUCUUCAAAAAACUAGAAUUGGGAGUCCCAUUCAAUCCAAUUAUCCCCCUCUUGGGUAUUUUCCCAGAAAAAUUGAAAACAUCAUGUCACAAUGAUAUAUGUGCACCCAUGUGCAGCACAAUUUGUAAUAACUAAAUCUUGGAAACAACCAAAAUGCCUAUCAACUGCAGAAUGGAUGAAAAAGAUGUGGUAUUUUUACACAAUGGAAUAUUACUCAACUAUAAAAAGAUGAUCUUGAAGCUUUUAUAGCAGUGAAGAGGUAGCAGCAUGGUAUCAGUAUAAGCCUUGGACUCAACAUGAAAAAAUAUUCCUUUGGACUCCAGAUGCUAAUGUGCAACAAGCUGCUUUAAAGCCAGCUGAAAGACUUGUUUGUAGAAAGCCCUUGAUUAAGCAUUUAUCAAUAAAUAUGCCCAUUUUACCUUA